AUGAAUGUUAUUGAUGGAUGGUCUUUAUUUUGUCCUUCAAAUUUGAAAGAUGAUAGUCUGUAUACAUAUUUCAUUGAUAAUCAACGUACAAUUAAUCAUCAAUUGGUAAUCUUUGGAUUACGAGAAUUAAAUUCUACAGAAACGAAAUACAUUUGUUCUAAUCAACCGAUUACUGAUCCACCAAUUAUAGAUAAAAGAUUUGAUUUUACAUCAAAUUAUAAAAUUCUUAUUUAUACAUCAGGUUGUUAUUAUUUAGACGCAAAUAACCAUUGGCAAUCAAAUGGAUUAGUAGUUGGACCUUUGACAAAUCAUUAUCAAACACAAUGUUAUUCAAAUCAAUUGAAAUAA